GCGUGAUAUCCAUGACGUUUUACGGGUUGUCGAUGAACACAGAAAAUAUCGGUGGCGAUUUUUACCUGAACUUCAUGCUACUUGGGUUUAUGGAUUUCCCGUCCUCUCUGCUAUUGCUACUGUUAUUGAAUAGAAUCGGCAGAAAGAAAAUGUUCUGUACGUCUAUGAUCGUGGGUGGCGUAUCGUGUCUAUCAACAUUGUUUACUACAACCUAUGGAGGCGAAUCUCUUCACGGUUUGACUGUCGCUCUGGUGUUGAUAGGAAAGCUUGGAGCAAGUUGUGCGUUCGGUAGUGUCUACAUAUUAACGUCAGAAUUGUACCCCACCGUGGUGAGAAAUGCCGGUAUGGGGGCGUGCUCCUGUUUUGCCCGGUUUGGAUCUAUGAUAGCUCCGUAUGUUAUUUCAUCGGCUGCGGACAUUGGAGGGACUACCGGGAAGGCAGUUCCAUUGAUUGUAUUCGGUUCAGCGUCCAUUGCCGCCGGGUUACUGGCCCUCCUCCUUCCAGAAACGCUUAACAAAGACUUACCGGACACUAUUGAAGAGGGAAAACUAUUUGGAACACCAGGAUACGAUGCCAUGAAGAAAAUGGGAAACGUCAAUAAAAGUUUUGCUAUGGAAGGAGAAUUAUCCGCACACGCGGGCAGCGUGUAAAUGGACACACUUCAACUUCCUUG